GUUACCAAUCAGGCCAUGAGUUGGAAAAAAGGAGGAACUUCGUUCGCUCUGCGAAGAAGUUCAGAAUAAAAAAAACUUUUACUUAUUUUCAAAUGUUUAGUCUUCUCUGUAAAAGGAAAGUUAAAGGAUCGUAUAGUCGGGGCUGUCAUGUAUUCGUUUGGCUUUUGUAUACUUUUCUUCCUAGUUCCUGGCAUUUUGACAGAGGCUCAUUAUGCAACUGUUUUCUGGGACAACAUUAAGAAGGUCAUAGAAAUUAAAGAUGGCGUUUUGGACAAAAACGGUGAUGCAUAUGGAUUUUUUAAUGACACUCUACAGAGUACUGGCUGGGGUGUGCUUGAAAUUGUGGCUGGUUUUGGCAGUAAGCCACAAGGCAACAAAGAGAAAAUGUAUUUGGCUGGAUUCUUGGAAGGUUUCCUUACAGCUCCGCAGAUGUUUGACCACCAUGCUAAUAUAUAUCCACAUAUCAUCAGGAGCAACAAAACACUGGAAGGAGUGAAGGAUUUUAUAAAGAAACAAGAUCAGUGGACUAGAGAACAGGUCAAAAUCUUCAAGAAGUCUCCUUUGUGGAGACACGUUGGUUAUGUUAUUUCUCAGUUGGAUGGUCUGUUUGCUGGAGCUGCGGAAUGGGCUAAGAGACAUCAGAAGCCACCCUUGACUUAUUUUGACAUCCAGUUCCUGAAUGCAGUUGGUGAUCUUCUGGAUGUUAUUCAAGAACUGUUUCCUCCGCGGGGUGGUACAGUAUUUAACAGUCGUGAACAACAAAAGAAAAGCCUGUGGGAAAUGGGGCAUUGUUCUGCUCUCAUUAAGGUGCUUCCUGGAUAUGAAAAUAUCUUCAUGGCCCAUUCCAGCUGGUUUACUUAUGCAUCAACACUGAGGAUCUAUAAGCACUGGAAUUUCAACAUCAGUGACCCAUUUACAGCUACUUCCAAAAUUUCUUUCAGCAGCUACCCAGGUUUCCUGGUGUCAUUAGAUGACUUUUACAUCCUUGGCAGUGGCCUAGUGAUGCUGCAGACCACAAAUCAAGUGUUUAAUAGCAAGUUGUUUAAAGAAGUUGAACCACAGUCCCUUUUUGCAUGGCAGAGAGUUCGAGUUGCUAACAUGAUGGCAAAUAAUGGGCAAGCCUGGGGAAGAAUCUUUGAAAAAUAUAAUUCAGAUGCUGUAUGUCUCAAUUGUACUCCUUAUUCUCCCAUGAUGCUGGCUGCUGAUAGUGUGCUGAAUAGAUGGUGUAAGUGGAUAGGGACCUAUAACAAUCAAUAUAUGAUUCUGGAUCUGAAAAAGGUUGAGCUUAAAAAACAGAUUCGCACAGGUGCGCUGUACAUUGUGGAACAGAUUCCAACACUGGUGAGGUAUUCAGACCAGACCGCUAUUCUUCAAAAAGGAUACUGGCCAUCCUACAACAUCCCAUUUGAUGAGGUGAUCUAUAAUAUGAGUUCCUAUCCAGAAAUGGUCAAAUACUAUGGAAACAAAUAUUCAUAUGAGUUGUGUCCCAGAGCAAAAAUCUUUCGAAGAGACCAAGGAAAUGUGAAAGAUAUGGAGUCAAUGAAACAUAUUAUGAGAUAUAACAAUUAUUUGAAAGAUAUCUAUGCUGAAAAGGAUCCCUGUAAUACUAUCUGUUGCCGUGAAGAUCUGAAGUCAUUUAGUCCCAUCCCAGGAGGUUGUUAUGACUCCAAGGUAACUGAUUACUUCCUUGCAUCUCAGUUUACUGCAUUUGCCAUUAAUGGUCCUACUACAGAAGGUAAUCUUCCUGUUUUUAAUUGGGACCAGUUCAAAGAAGUUACACACAAAGGCCUGCCAAACUCUUACAACUUCAGUUUUGUUACAAUGAAACCACUACUGUUUCAACCGUGAUGUGUCAUUAGAAACAAAGAGCAAAAUCAGAUCUAAAUGUCAAUUUGUCUUGAUUGUAAAUUUUUGAUAUAAUUGCAAAUAAAGUUAUGUUUUCUUGUCAUUCCUCAUUCCCAACCAUAUUGUAUAUGGUUAUAGCAUUCUGUUUCUAAAUGUACCAUGCAAGCAAGAUUAUCAUGUACUUGAACAUUUUACUUAAAAUGUAAUAAAAUCCCUUUUCACUAGAAAGAUUCAGAGACAUCAUCCAGACAAAUAAAUAAUUAAGAGAAA